AUGGAAUGCUGCCAAAUGUGGAGGCUGGGAUACACGAUUGGGAACAGGAGUGUUGCCAGCCCUGACUGCUGGGAUGAACAAGGGGCUCUGGAGACGCUGCCAGCCUUGCCUGCUGGGGAUGCGGUGGGUGUACAGGUGCUCCAGGUCUCUAGGCAGCUCUGGGAGGUCAGUGGAGUCAUGAGGAAAGCAGGAGCAAUUGAGAACCCACACAGAGGUUUUGCAGGCCCAGGCCUGAAGCGGAAAGGUUCCCAUGAGAAGGGAAAAGGCCUCACAAACUCUGGUAGCAACCCUGAAUGUGCUGUGGUGGAUGUUGCUAUCCAGGAUUAUGUUGCUGAUGUGGCCUCCGAACUCAUCUACCAGAACAAAGGUCCAACCUCCACAGAAAUCCUCUUUGUUUUCCCCCUGGGGCCCCACAUGGCUAUAUACUCCUUCCAAGCCUGCAGUGAAGAUGCCAAGGUUGAGGCCAUGCUGCAGGAUGAGGCCCAGCAGCUGCACAAGGCUACAGGGGACUGGGAGAACCUGGGCUACCUUCAGGAUAUGUCUAUGUAUCCAGGCGAGGUGUUUGUCUGCUCACUGGGCACCCUUUCCCCUGGCAGCGAAGUGGUUGUGACCUUGCGCUUUGCCCAAGAGCUGUCACGAGAGCCAGAUGGAGCAGCCCGUUUUGUGCUGCCACCCACACUGCAUCCCCACACAAAACACUAUGCCUGGAACUGUGGCACUAGCAAGCUGCCCUACAGCCUGCUGCUCACCACUAGCCUCCAGUCGCCCCGUGGAGUGACCAAUGUCCAGGCCAACUUCUCCCUUACCCCUUUGAUCUACACUGCCCAGGACCACAGCUCUGCACAGGUCUCACUGGCUGGCACCCCUCCAGAGAGGCAUGAUUUGGAGCUGCUGGUGUAUUAUGGAGACCCCACUGCAGUCAGUAUCACGAUAGAGAGGGGAGACCCUGGGGCCCCUUCAGGCUCACUGCUUGGUGACCCUAUGGUGUUGGUGACAGUGGCACCCAGCAUCCCUGAGGCAGUGCCUGGGCAGCCCCAGUCUGGAGAGCUCAUCUUCCUCCUGGACACCACUUUUCUUGAGCAUGCACCGGACUCCCUACUUUUCCUCCUCAAAAGCCUGCCUCUAGGCUGCUACUUCAACAUCUACUGCUAUGGAGAAACCACUGUGGGCAUCUUCCCGCAAAGUGUUGAAUAUACUCAGGACAACGUGACCAAGGCCAUGAGGUGCAUCCCCUCCACUGGCUCCAGUCUGGGUGACUCCAAUCUGCUGGGAACCCUCCGCUCAAUCUACAACACCCCCCAACCCCGUGGGCAUACACGACAGCUCUUCAUCUUCAUGGCCGGGCUAUCCCCUGAUGAGGAAGCCAUUGCAGCUGAGGUGUGUCGUCACCGCAACAGCCACCGGUGUUUCUCCUUCUUCUUCUCUGAGGACAGCGCUGCCCUGGCUACAGCCCUUGCCAAGGAGACAGGGGGUGAAGCUACCUACAUCUCCUCUGACAACAGUUUGACAGCUGUGUUGAAGUACCUGAAACGCGCCCUCAAGCCAGCAGCUGAGGGAGUCUCACUGAGCUGGACUCUGCCCUGUGGCCUGGAAGUUGAGGUGCUGGGGGACACCCCACAGUCCAUCUUUCAGGGUCAACACAGCCUCCUCUAUGCCCAGAUUCAUGGACCAGCACAGGAUACAACAGCAGCCAAGGGUGUGCUGACCCUGCAGUACAGCCUGGAUGGCCAGGAGGUCACUCACACGGUUGAAUUCCCACUGCAGCCACAGGGAGAUGGCCGGUUGGCUGGGCAUCGUAUGGCCACGAGAUGCUUGCUGAAGAGGUUGGUGCUAGAGACUGCGAGUGGGUUUGGGGAUGAACCAAGGCAUCGUGCAGUUGAGAUUAGUCUCACUUCAGGGAUCAUCUGCCCCUUCACCAGCUAUGUGGGUGUUUGCACAUCUCAGAGGGUCAGCUGGUACCAAGGGCCCCUGGCACUGCUGCCACCCCGCCAGACACUCAUUCCCUGCCAGACUAUUGAGCUCCCUGGCUCCUUGGAACACUCUUCCUGCUCUGCUAAGAGCAUCUGGAUCCCACCUGGCUGGCUGAGAGCAGCAUGUGCAUCAUGGGUUGCCCUCCGUCGACUCACCGGUGGCAUUGCUGUCCUGCCCAAGCAGGAGGCUUGCUCAGAAGCACAUAAACCACUGCCAUCAUCUAUUUCUUGUCUCAAAUAUGUGGAUUCCAUGGAUUUUCAUUUGGGAUCUCCAGUUUUUGGGUCUUGGACCACCAAAGCCAUUGCAGAGUGUCAGGAGCUGGUAGCACUGCAGAAUGUAGAUGGCUCCUGGGCCCUCAGCUCAGGCUUGGCCUUGGUUCUGGAAGUUGAUAAAGCUGAAAUCAAGGGAAAGAUGCCUGGUGAGGCCACAGAGCCAAGCAUCUGGGCCACAGUGCUGGCUGUGACCUGGCUGCACAGGGAUAAUAAGUGUUACCAAGACCUCUGUGAGCUGCUGGAGGCCAAGGCUGUGACCUGGGUGUGCAACCGAGCUGUGUCAGAGCUGGACAAAUGCUUGGAGGCAGCCAACAUGCUCCUUGGGAGCAGCGUGAAGCCAAAUAUCUUCAGGCUCUGA